UCUCUGUGUGUCUAUAGCUGGUUGUAUGUUCAUUUUAGGUUGUGUGUUAAUUGUGUCUGUGUAGGUGAUUGUGUGAAGCAGACAGUACAUGGUCAUGGGGUGAGGGGACUGUAUAGAGGACUCAGCUCACUCCUCUACGGAUCCAUACCCAAAUCAGCUGUCAGGUUUGGUGUGUUUGAGUAUCUCAGUAACCAUGCCCGUGACGAGGCAGGGAAGUUGAACAGCACCAGGGGUCUGCUAUGUGGGCUGGGGGCUGGAGUCAUMGAGGCUGUAGUCAUAGUCUGCCCCAUGGAGACUGUCAAGGUUAAGUUCAUCCACGACCAGUCUUCAGUCAACCCCAAAUACAGAGGCUUCUACCAUGGAGUCAGGGAGAUCAUCAGAACCCAAGGUAUUAGGGGGACCUACCAGGGCCUGACAGCCACCGUUCUGAAGCAGGGCUCCAACCAAGCCAUCCGAUUCUACGUCAUGACCUCCCUCAGGAACUGGUACAAAGGGGAUAACCCCAAUAAGGCUAUUAACCCCGUGGUGACGGGAACGUUUGGAGCCAUUGCAGGAGCAGCCAGUGUGUUUGGGAACACCCCACUGGAUGUCAUCAAGACCAGGAUGCAGGGUCUGGAGGCUCAUAAGUAUAAGAGUACACYGGACUGUGCCGUCAAGAUCAUGAGACACGAGGGUGUACGAGCGUUUUAUAAGGGGACGGUUCCUCGGCUGGGCCGUGUGUGUCUGGAUGUGGCCAUCGUCUUCAUCAUCUAUGAGGAGGUGGUCAAGGUUCUCAACACGGUCUGGAAGACGGAGUGAGGGGGUGCAGCUGGAGCCUCUGACCUCUCUGGGCCAAACAGGAUGUGACCGGACAAAUGAGCCUACUACCACUCUGUAGUGGGUGCCCUAUCAUUCUGAGUUAAAGCAUAGUGGUUCUGCCUUGGCCUGGCGGUCUAGCUACAGUAACAGUUACAGUAACAGCUACAUGUAACAGCUAACCCAAUGAAAAGGGUUUUCCUUUUGAUCAUUUAUGAUCAAGCCUUUAAUGCAAUAAUUUUAAGUGUGAUAUGACAUUUAUUUUUAUAAUACUUAUGAUUAUAAUAAUAAAUGUUUAAUUGCAGAAUUUGUUUUACUCUGUUCCAGAUGCCAAGCCCUCCAGUAGCAAGCUGCCAAAUUGUGACAAACCUUAUUAUUGUUACAGUUCUACUGUAAUACAACUCACCCUUUUGGGCUGGCUAACAGCAUUUUCCUCAAGUGAGAAGUAUGCAUAGAGUAAUAUAUUCUGACCAAGAGAAGAGAAAAAAUGUAAAUAAUAUACUGAUUCAUAAUAUAUUGA